CUAAUACUUUGCCUGUUAUUCCUUCUUACUUGUAAUGUGUAACUUGUACUUGUAUGACUCCUAGGUACACCUUGUAAUUUCCACGUGUUGCUCUGAUUACUGAUUGUCAGACCACGUGCAGAACUAACACAUAGAGGUGUAUUUAUCUAAUAGAAAGUCGUCAUGAAUUGAACUGAAUUGUAACAAUUAAGUCAAAAUAGCUUCGCCAGAACAAUUCAAAAUUCAUCGGUUGGUUGUUUUAGCCUAAGUUUAGCAGUUCCGUUUGCAGUUUAUGUUUAUUAAAUAAUCUCAGAUACUGCUAAUUUCCAAUUAGCCUUAUAGGAAUCACAUCUGCUUCCGAUUUUGUAUUUUUGAAAAUACAAAAUCAUGAAAUGAAAAUACAAAUUAAAAUCCUGUCCACAGAUGUAUUAGGUAAGUACCUGCUCAGGUAGAACUAGGUAUUGAUACAUCGACAAUACAUGACUCAGCUCGUUACCGUUCAUGGUUGAUUAUCAAGAGUGAGGUCGAAGUCUAAUGUUCGUAGUUUUUCAUUGACCAGUCAGUUGUGCUGUGUUCUGGACGAGGUGUGUGAUCUGUGUGAGGACAAUAUCGAGAGUUAAAACCACACAGAGUGUGGCGCAAACUGGGGGUUCGUCCAUAAUGAAGCCAUUCAAACUUUCCAAACUGAGGAUGUUUCUGCUUGCUUUGUCCUAUUCGUAUGUCACCAAAUCCCUGGCGCUCAGUUACUCACGGAGCAUGAUCACGCAGAUCGAGAGGCGAUUUAACAUCCCGUCCUCGCUGGUUGGCGUUAUUGAUGGAAGCUUCGACAUUGGGAACUUGCUGGUUAUCGCCCUCGUCAGCUAUUUUGGUGCGAAAUUUCAUCGACCGCGAGUGAUUGCUGUGGGGUGCCUGGUCAUGUUUUUGGGCAGUUGUAUGACAGCAUUACCCCAUUUUAUCAUGAGGCGGUACCAGUAUGAAAAGGCCGUUAGCGUGUCCAGUAAUUUAACAUCUCAGGAAGAGCUGUGUCUGCUGAAUCACACCCAAGAAACUGAGCUUCCAGAAGAAUGUAAAUCUGGAUCAGAAUCUUACAUGUGGAUGUUUGUACUAGUGGGAAAUAUCCUUCAAGGAAUAGGAGAGACUCCGGUUGAGCCUCUAGGAUUGUCGUACGUGGAUGAUUACGCCAAAGCUGAGAAUUCUCCAUUUUACAUUGGAAUAAUUCAAACCGUAUCGAUAGCUGGUCCGUUUCUGGGAUCGCUCAUGGCGGCUUUCUUUGCACAGAUUUAUGUCGAUAUUGGAUUCAUAAACCUGGACAGUGUCACCAUUGGGCUCACCGAUACCCGCUGGGUGGGCGCAUGGUGGCUCGGUUUCUUAGUCAGCGCAGUACUAAACCUCCUUGCUGCCAUUCCCUUCUGGUUUUUUCCAAAAUCCCUCCCGAAGGAGGGCGAGGAGGGUCAGCCAAAAGUGGAAGAAGUGCUCGAACCGCUACAAGAUGAGACAAACGAGCCAAGCGCUAACACCGACAGCAAAAUGCUCGAAUUCCUACAAUUUCUUAAAAACCUUUGCAGGAAUAAAGUCUACAUGUUGUUUCUCGUUGUGACCAUCACACAGUUCAGCGGAUUUGUAGGAUUUAUAUCGUUUAUGCCUAAAUAUAUAGAGCAACAGUACGGCAAAUCGGCGUCAGAAGCCAUCUUUUUAAUCACUGUCUAUAAUCUGCCUGUGAUUUGCAUCGGGUAUUUUUUGGGAGGAUAUUUCAUGAAAAAAUUCAAGGUGACUACAUUUCUCGCGGCAAAGAUCGGAUUUUCCAGUUCAGUUACUGAAUAUCUCAUUUAUUUUUCUGCAUUUGCGAUGAUCUGCAAGAACUUGUCUGUUGCUGGUCUUACAGUCACAUACGAUGGGACUGAGCAGAUUUCCUAUUUAGAUAAUUUGACAGCAGAUUGUAACGUGCACUGUGACUGUCCUACGGAUAUUUGGGACCCUGUGUGUGGUGACAACGGUUUGUCCUAUGUAUCAGCUUGCCUCGCAGGAUGUGACUCUGCUACAGGAAGUGGACAGAAAACAGUUUUUCAGAACUGCAGCUGUGUUUCAGGAUCUGUAUUUGCAUCAAAUGCCACCGCGGUGCCAGGCCAGUGUCCGAGGGAGGAGCGCUGUGACACCAUGUUACUGUAUUUCCUGAUCAUGUCUCUAGUCUGCUGCUUGAUUUACUCCUUUGGGGCCAUGCCGGGAUACAUGGUGCUGAUCAGGAGCCUGACGCGGGAAGAGAAGGCAUUUGGUCUGGGUCUCCACUUACUGGCCACGCGAGCUCUAGGUGGAAUCCCUUCCCCCAUUUACUAUGGGGCAUUAAUUGACACAACCUGCCUAAAAUGGGGUACAACGAGCUGUGGGGAGCCAGGAGCUUGCCGGAUGUAUGAUGCAGACACUUACAGGCAUAUCUACCUCGGUGUUCCGAGCGUCCUGCGGUUUAUCUCCUACAUCCCCUGUCUGUUCAUCCUCUACAUCCUGAGAACAGACUCAUCACAAGACAAGCACGUGGCUUCAGAGACAAAAUCCUUGGAAACAGACGUCUGAAAAGUGUUAUUUGGUUAGGAUUUAUUUACUGAGAAUAAGCAGAAUUCACACUGAAAUAUUCAGCUGAAAUUGUCUUGGUAGCCAGAAGGGAUGAUUAUUGAUGGCGUGCAUCAGCGGAUAUAAAUACACAGAGCAAUAUUUAAUAAAAAUCCAUCUUAAGACUCCGA